AUGGAUUCUCCUGACCGAAACAUUGAAGAUCUUGACAAUGAUGGAAAAGACAAUGAAGCUCAUAUUUACCAUGAAGGCGUAAGAGAUAGCAAACAAUCUAUUGAUCCAAAAGCAAAUGUUAAAAUUCCACAAGAAGUAUUAAUUCCAUUUUACGAUGUUAAUGCUACGUCCCAAACAAAAUGA